UGACACACACACCAUAUACAGUGUUAGGAGUAGAGUGAACUGAGAGAAGAAUUCAUGGAAAAAUAACUGCGCCAGUGUUUUUUCCGCAUUUUGCAACCCAAAGCACGAAAUCAAUUGCGUAUGUACCAUCAUAAACACAACGCGAAGCAGACAGAUCUAAUAAAACAGUACACACGCACACUCUAAUACAUCACGUACAAUGAACAAGAAAGUUUGUUUUGUGUCAAUGUUAAUGCGAUGUCAUAUUUUUUAGCUAAUCUGAUGGGAAGUAACUCUGAUUUUUUUCGGACGCCACCAAAACAACUAUGGCGGACGACAUACACGUCAGGCUCUGUCUGCAGGAGAUCGUGAAACUCGACUUGGAAGCUAAAGCCAUUAUUCAAGAUAUCCGUCAAGAUGCUGAUGAUACAGAGGUACUUGAUGACUAUAAUGCCCAGGGUAGACAGAAAAUUUCCCAACUUCGUAUCAAGAUUGCUGAACUAGAACGCCUAGGCUUGGAGCGGGAUCGAGAUUCAGACAGAGAUGCGAUCCUUGUUAAUGUUGAAAACUUAAGGCAAAAAUUAUCCAGCACAGUGACCAGCUUAAGACAGGCCUGUCUUACCACCAAAAUGGCUUUAGACAAAAAGACAAAACAACAGUUGCUCUCUGGCAGUUCACAACUCAGAAAAAGGAACCAGGGUAACAAAGAGACUCUUGCGAAGACGGCAAGUGCGAUCUCAGAAAAUUUGAUCAGCUUGAACAGAACCAUGGCAGAGCAGGUGAAGCAGAGCGAGAUGAACAUUACCACUUUAGCUGGCACCUCUCAAGCGGUCAGUGACACAAAAGACGAGUUCCACAGCAUGGGGGGUCACAUCCAGCACUCACAGAGACUGCUCACAAAGUACGGACGUCGCGAAUUCACAGACCGUCUCCUUAUCUUGCUUGCACUCUUGUUUUUCUUUGCCACUGUUCUUUACAUCAUGAAAAAGAGACUAUGGCCGUCUUGACAACAUUUAUCAUAAUGUCUAGGAGUUUUUUUGUGUCCAGUUUUUGUGUAUAAACGUCUCUAACUAAGUCAUUUCCAAUGUCUGUUGUGUUGUUGUGGAUUAUAAUGCUUUAUUUGCAUUGAAUUUUAGUGUUCAGUUGUACAGUAAAUGGUGCUUGAUAACUUAUUUUCAUCAUGUACUGUCUGACAAAUGUUGCACCAGAUAAUAUAAGACGGUACUACCAUGUUAUUUUUGUCUGUGUUGUCAUAUGUCGGUUGUGUCUGCUGGGGAAAAAAAUAUUUGAAACUUCCAAAGUUAAGUAUCAAUUCCAAGUAAUCUGCUUUUUCAGUGAUUUUGAAAGUGGAUGUGAUUUGAAACUGCAUGAGCUGGGAUAUGGUUGAGUUAUUUUGUCCCUUGUCUUGAUCUGAUGGCGCCUGAGUAAGUGCCCUCUGGAUUUGUCAUCGACACCACUCUGUAAAAUGAAGGAUUAAUGCAUGUAAUUUGGCAAACAGUGAAUUCAAUGAUUGAAGACUAAUAUAUCUGCUGAUGAUAGUGAAAUUACCUUCUUCAAAGGGUAGAUCUCAAAGGAAACACUUAACAGAAUAGGUCAGUUGUCAGAACCAAUUUAUAAAGAACAGAUAGUUUUCACAUUAGCGGUUAACUUGCUUUGCAUGCAACUAAAGUUCAUGAGAAUUUAAUGUGUGAUUGGGGUAUUUCAAAAUCCAGAGUACAUCUGCAUUUGCUUUAUAAAUGUACUGUAACAUCAUGUGAUACUGUUAAGAAUUUCAAAACUCGUGCAAAUGAAGAAUCUUACUAUGACUAUAGGGUUCUGGAAACCUCAUCAUUUAUAUUCCGCUCUCUUGAAUUUAUUUAUGUUGAUGAAUUAAAAUGAUGAACUAAAA